CCCAAUCCUGAUCAUUUUCAGUAAAAGUGUAGUGGGAUGAGAGGGUACUUAUGUAGGGGAGUGACGCCACUUUGUAGUUGCGAGACUCUCUGUCCCAGACGUCUGUUGUUUUUACUGGUGUCUGUUGUUCAGCACAGCCGGCCACCAUGCCCACUGACGCCCAAAGCGAUGCCCGCUCCUUCUUGACGGAGGAGAUGAUUGCAGAGUUCAAGGCCGCCUUUGACAUGUUCGACACUGAUGGUGGCGGUGACAUCAGCACCAAGGAAUUGGGUACCGUGAUGAGGAUGCUGGGACAGAACCCAUCAAGGGAGGAGUUGGAUGCCAUCAUUGAGGAGGUCGAUGAGGAUGGCAGCGGUACCAUCGACUUCGAGGAGUUCUUGGUCAUGAUGGUGCAGCAGUUAAAGGAGGACCAGGCUGGAAAGAGUGAAGAAGAACUUUCAGAAUGCUUCCGUAUUUUUGACAAGAACGGAGAUGGUUUCGUUGAUCGGGAGGAGUUUGGUGAUAUCCUCCAUCAAACUGGAGAAACUGUUGCAGAGGAAGACAUUGAUGAGAUGUUCGGUGAAGCAGACACAAACAAAGAUGGAAAGAUUGAUUUUGAUGAGUUUCUGAAGAUGAUGGAGAACGUCCAGUAAUGAGGCCAGCUCUACAUUCCUUGGUGACCCUUCCUCAGAGAGAAUACAAAGCAAGCUAUCUGCUGGAGAUCUGCUCAGAGCAAACUCUACAUGCUAUAAAAGCCAGUGCAAUUACGAAUGUAACGUUUUUGAGACGUCAAAAUGGAUACAAGUGAAAUACCUCCACCCCCCCUUCCCCUUCUCAUAUGAAACCCAGGGGGCUCUGGGAGGAAUUCUAUAAAUAUCCGUUCAAACCUUUUAAGACGAAGACCCUCUCCCCUGACUGCCUCCUUGAGCCGGCCACCCAGCUGUCCCCUUGGCAGCUGCUGUCUCUCUAGAAAUGCUACACCAAUAGUUUAAACCCCCCACCCUCCUCCUCCUCAAAACUUAUAUCUUCUCCACCCUGUUCUGUGCUUUCUAAAUAAAUCCACUUUCUCCUUGUUCAUCUUUGCAAAUUAUUCUGCCGUGCAUGCCUGACGCCUCUUAUCUCACCUGAUCUUUGUCUGCUACAUUUUUUGGGUUAUCUUUCUGUGACCUUUCUGGUACUUCUACAUCAAUGCUGUCUCUCUGGCCUCACACACAUGCAUGGCUACACUUAAAGUGGUCAUACACAAUGACACACAAGCACAUGCACUUUCUACACCACUAACAUCCUACCAUUACACAUGCACUCCCACACUUUUUUGCCCAACUAGAACUGGUUGUAUCUCUCUAUUUCAGUCCCAACUUCCAACUAGCCUCCGUGCUGCAUUUUGAAAAACCUCUAUUUGCAUCGUUGGUGCUGAAAACCAACCUCCCUGUCUCAUUCAACGCUGUCAUAUCUCAGAAGGUUUUCACUUAUCUAGUUUAAAGUGAUCUCUUCCAAUUUUUUUUCUGCCUAAAUCUGUCAUAACUGUCACUGGUCUUCGUGUAGUGGUCCCAGCGUGAGAGGUGAAGGCCGAGCAGCCGGCCAGCACUAAAGGCUCAACGCAGUCACAGAACAGAUGAGUUCAAUCUCCCUUUGCUA